AUGGCUACAACUUCAGCUUCUGCGUCUCUCCUCCAACCUCGUUCAUUCGGAGUCAGAAGCCAUAACCCUCCAAGACCCAAAUCCUUCACCCUCCCUUUCCCUCAGCGGAAUCGAUGCCACGUCAGCUUCAGAGUCUCCGCUUCGGUUUCCGUCUCCAACCCUGACGUUCGAACCGGCCCAGAUGAUCUUGUAGCUUCCAUUCUUUCGAAGGUGGUGCAAACAGAUGGAGGAGUUUCACUGAAAAAGGAAGAACAUAAGGAGGUGGCUGAAGUGGCUCAGGAAUUGCAGAAGUAUUGCGUGAAUGAGCCUGUCAAAUGCCCUUUAAUAUUUGGAGAGUGGGAUGUGGUGUACUGUUCACAGCCAACAUCACCUGGAGGUGGCUAUAGGAGUGCAUUGGGCCGUCUUUUCUUUAAAACAAAGCAAAUGAUUCAGGUUGUUGAAGCUCCUGAUAUUGUGAGAAACAAGGUCUCCUUUUCUGCUUUAGGCUUUUUGGAUGGAGAGGUGUCUCUGAAGGGAAAACUCAAGGCUCUGGAUAGUGAAUGGAUUCAAGUUGUAUUUGAAGCACCUGAAUUGAAGCUAGGAUCAUGGGAGGUUCAAUAUGGUGGUCAGAGUGAAGUUAAACUCCGAAUCACUUAUGUAGAUGACAAAAUCAGGUUAGGAUUGGGUUCCAGAGGUUCCCUGUUUGUUUUUAAAAGAAUAUGAAAUUCAAAUGCAAUCAUAAUUUCCUUCGGGAAAAAUCUGACGAGUUUGUAACUUUGUACUGUGCACAAUUUCAUGUGUAAUAUGAUUUUGAGUGUAUAUCAGUAAGAGCUUAAAAAAUAAAAUAAAAAACUUUCCAAAGACAAAAUUUCUCCUUGGCUGC